UGGGCGUCGGAGCGCGGCGACAGUCACGCCGCGGGAAGGACUGAAGAGCGCGCCCACAGACACAGACCCUCUGCGGCCAUGGCCGAUCCCGCCGCUCGCUGCUGCUGCCUGGGCUGGGACUUCAGCACGCAGCAGGUGAAAGUUGUUGCUGUUGAUGCAGAGCUGAAUGUCUUCUAUGAGGACAGUGUGCAUUUUGACACAGACCUUCCAGAAUUUGGGACUCAGGGUGGAGUUCAUGUUCACGAGGGUGGUCUGGCAGUGACUUCUCCAGUCCUGAUGUGGGUCCAGGCUUUGGACAUCAUCUUGGAGAAGAUGAAGGCUUCGGGCUUCGGCUUCUCUCAAGUCCUCGCCUUAUCUGGGGCAGGCCAGCAACAUGGAAGUGUAUACUGGAAAGUUGGGGCCAGCCAGGUGCUGAAAGGCCUGUCACCAGACCUCCCGUUACACGAACAGCUGCAGGCCUGUUUCUCUAUCAGCAACUGCCCGGUAUGGAUGGACUCCAGCACCACAGCCCAGUGCCGCCAGCUGGAGGCUGCCGUGGGUGGGGCCCAGGCUCUCAGCUGUCUCACCGGGUCCCGUGCCUAUGAGCGAUUUACAGGAAACCAAAUUGCAAAGAUUUACCAGCAGCAUCCCGAGGCCUACUCACACACUGAGAGAAUUUCUUUGGUCAGUAGUUUCGCUGCUUCCCUAUUCCUUGGGUCUUACUCCCACAUUGACUACAGCGAUGGUUCUGGAAUGAAUUUGUUGCAGAUCCAGGACAAAGUCUGGUCACAGGCUUGCCUUGAUGCUUGUGCACCUCACUUAGAAAAGAAGCUUGGCCCACCAGUACCGUCAUGCUCAGUUGUGGGAGCCGUUUCUUCCUACUAUGUCCAGCGCUAUGGAUUUCCUCCAGGAUGCAAAGUGGUGGCCUUCACUGGGGACAACCCAGCAUCGCUGGCGGGCAUGAGGCUGGAGGAAGGUGACAUUGCGGUCAGCCUGGGUACCAGCGACACCCUAUUUCUCUGGCUCAAGGAGCCCACACCCGCCCUGGAGGGCCACAUCUUCUGCAACCCGGUGGACCCCCAGCAGUACAUGGCACUGCUGUGCUUUAAAAAUGGCUCCCUCAUGAGAGAGAAGAUCCGGGAUGAGGCUGCUUCCUGUUCCUGGAGCAAGUUCUCUGAAGCGCUGCGGUCUACAGAGAUGGGGAAUGGCGGAAACCUGGGUUUUUAUUUUGACGUAAUGGAGAUCACCCCUGAAAUUACUGGGCGUUAUAGGUUUAGUGCAGAAAACCGUGAGGUCUCGGCUUUCCCCAGGAAUGUGGAGAUCCGAGCACUGAUCGAAGGACAGUUCAUGGCCAAGAGGAUUCAUGCCGAAGGCCUGGGCUAUCGAGUCAUGCCCAAGACAAAGAUUUUGGCCACUGGAGGGGCGUCUCACAACAGAGACAUCUUACAGGUGCUUGCGGAUGUGUUUUGUGCUCCGGUGUAUGUCAUAGACACUGCCAACUCAGCCUGCGUGGGCUCUGCUUACCAAGCUUUCCAUGGCCUUGCGGCCGGGGCAGGCGUGCCCUUCCAAGAGGUCGUGAAGUUAGCCCCCAAACCCAGAUUAGCUGCUACUCCAACCCCAGGAGCUUCUCAGGUCUAUGCUGCCCUCCUCCCAAGGUAUGCCCAGCUUGAGCAGAGAAUCGUGUCCCAGACUCAGGGGCUUCUGGAGUGAAUUCUGCAGGCCCUGGAGCCCCUGUUGACCCUGCCUGCCCAGACUCUGCUGAUCUCACUUGGGGACGUGGCCCUGGACAGCGGGGAUCCUCUUCCCUUUUACAGUGGCUCUGCCUGCCACCUGACUCCGGCUGUGCUCCAGUCCUGCCAGGGACCAUCUUGAAGCCUGCCUUAGUAUAUCUUUCUGAAUAUAAAUGGGCUGCUUGUGUCCCUGUGCCCUUGUGCCCGGGGCAGGAAAGCAUCUUUCUUUUCCUAUCUUUAUUCCAAAAGAUAGGCUAAUACUGAAUCUAGAUAUCACCAAUAAAAAUUAUGAUUUUUUCCUUUUCAAA